CUGUUGGAACUCUAACAAUAGCAGAGUUAAGGCUAUUAAGCGAGCACAAUUAGAGAGGCAAAAGCUUGAGGAGCAAGACCAGAAAUUCAUGAACAUCUGAGAAACACCCUACCAGGUAUAAACAGCUGGCAGACCAUGAAUCAGCUCAAUCUUGAGAAAAUGAGGGAAGAAGAAUUCAAAAAGGAGCUGACUUAUAACCGGCCGCCUAAGAAAAUGUUCAAGUCGACCGCUAACAUACAGCAUAUUGAGGAGAUCAAGGAAGAUGGAUCUGAAGAGUACGAACAAGUUUCUCAAGCUUUGCAGAGGAACAACCGUGAUGAUCUCUCUUCUUCUUUGUCUGAUUAUGAAGAUUCUGAACCUUCAGAAAAUGAACAGAACUUUAACAAGGAAUUUGAGGAGUUUCAAGUUGAUGGAAUAUAUGAGGGUCAUACUAUAGAACAAUGGGAGGACUUGUUCAAGAUAACUGACUUUCCGAUUCUAGUAGAGUAUUUCACUGAUCAUUAUGAACUUCCUAUAAUCAGACCAAAUGACGGUGAUCUCACCGAGCAUUGUGCUUUGGUUAUGAGAGGGAUCAACAUUUUUAGGUAUAAUCCAAGUUUGAUAAGGAUCCUUGUUUUUCAAGCAAUUAUUCCAGAAAAAUGAUACACAUUCAUGAUGGAAUCUGGUCAUGUCGUUAAGAUUAAAUAAAGCAAAAUUAGAUGGCCUCUACAGGUUUUUUAAGGACAUUCAAGCUCUCAAUAGAGAAUACCCAGAACAAGAAUGCUUUAGGGCUCCUCUCAAUUACGAUGAGAAUUUACAGUCGUGAGCAGCUGACCACUCAAGAGAUGUAUGAAGUAGUGAUGUCUCAGGACAAUAUAAUAGCCUUUGAGAAACGUUUUACGAACGACUCAAAGGGUUUAUAAAAGAUCCGGAUUUUGCACCAGGGUUCGCAAAUGAACUCACUAUUGCUUUUCCGACUACCUCAGUAGUUGAGAUUUUGACUCUGUUAAUUAUUGAGUAUUAUGAUGAAUUAUUGAAUCCAGAGUACAAACUCUUCGGAUGCCAUACGCAUAAGAGAGUUUACCCAAACCAUACUGCAGUGGCUACUGUUUGUACAGUGAUGAAUGAGUACGUAAAGAAGGAUGAUUGGCACCCUCUGGAGGGUACACCUUCAAAGGAAACAAAUUUAUCAGCUGGGAAAACUAAUUUCUCUACUGCAAGUCCAGGGUCAAGGACUUAUCUGUUCAUGUCAAAGACACUUGAAGGUUAUUAUGAAAAGAAAGAUGAGUUGGCCAUUCAGGGCGAAUAUGAGAUGCUAGCUGAAGAACUCAAGAAAAAACGGCAGAAUGAAUAUGACAGACUCUAA